AUGGCUAACGUACACCCCACCGCCAUUGCAGGCUUCAACGUCGCUGCUGAUGAUUACGCUAAAUCAAGACCCUCGUAUCCAACAGCGGCAUUGGAUCACAUCAAGUCACUGGUACCUGAUACGGAUCAUGCCAAGAUCCUUGAUCUUGCUGCAGGCACAGGUAUCAUGACCAUCUUGCUUGACAAGGUGGGAUACAAGCACAUUACAGCAGUCGAGCCCACCGAAAACAUGCGUGAAAAGUUACACUCGUUGUUGCCCCAUGUGCCUGUAUUUGAUGGCACCAGCUGGUCCAUUCCUUUGGAGGAUCAAUCGCAGGAUGCCGUGAUCGUUGCACAAGCCUUUCAUUGGUUUGCAGAUGUUGCCAGUCUCAAGGAAAUGCAUCGUGUUCUUAAACCCAAUGGCGUUUUGAUACUCAUUUGGAACAUGGAAAGUGGUGAAAAAAGCAAAUGGGUGCGUCUUUUGAAAGAACGUUAUCAACAGCUUGAUCAAGACGUGCCGCAAUAUCGAAAGGGAGAAUGGAAGCAAUGCUUUGAUACCAAGGAAGCUGCUGAGCUUUUUGAACUACCUUUCCAGCAACGCAUGUUUGAUUAUGAUAUGACCAUCCACAAGGAUCACGUGUGUCGCCGUGUCAUGACCAAGAGCUAUGUUGCAAGUUUACCUGACGACGUCAAAGAAGCAUUGUACAAGGAACUUGAAGCAAUUGUACAAGAUCCAGCCAAUGAAUUCAAACCCAAUGCUGAUGGCUAUGUAAUUUAUCCUCAUGACACUGAAGUUGUAUGGAUGAAAAAGAAGUAG